GCUGAAAUAAAAUUGACUCUUAGGUUUUACUUGAGUAUUAAUAGUAGAUAGUAUUAGAGUGGUAGAAAUUGAAUAUGACUUACCUAGAUACAUGGGAAGAAUUUGCUGCUGCAUCUGAAAGCUUGUAUCAAUCCGAUGCGGUCAAUUUUCGCUUUGUCUGGAAGUAUCGUCACAGCGAUGGCAAACUUAUAGCCAAGGCCACCAAUAACAAAGUGUGCUUAAAAUAUCGAACCGAUCAGAUCCAGGAUGUGAAAAAAUUGGAAAAAUUAAGCAGUACUCUAAUGAGACUAAUGGUUUCAAAGUAA